AUGGCUCAAAAAGGGGUACAAAAAGAAAUAAAUGAGAUAUCGGAUUUGUGCAAUUUAAAGGAAACAAUGCAAAAUGCCGGCCAAGAUUCUGAUACAGAAAAUGAAUUAUUGAUUCAGCCAAGUGAUUUACAAAUAGAGAUGGAUGAAAAUUUUGAAAUAGGAUCAUUUAAUAAAAGCAGCUUGCCGCUUCUGGGAAAUGAGACACUCGAUGAGAUCUUGGUUGAUUUUAACGUGCAAGACAGUUAUAUACCUAUUACAACCUCUGCUGAAAUACAUAAUCCGAAUGAUAGUCCAGCCAAAUCCAUUGAUUGCCAUCCAUCGCGCUCUAACACACCCAUGCCUUCUGAUUUUAUUUUAUUCGGAACAGAAUCGCAGGAGCUGGAUCCUAUUCCUGAAGAUAAUGUUAUGAGUUCAUUUAGGCCACAAAUCACUUCACCAUCUAUUUUAGGCCCUGAUACUAGUGCAACAUCAUCAGCAAGUGGUGCUUCCAGUGAAUGCUCUUCACCUUCGUCAUCAGUUAUGUCUGGGAGAAAACGACGUAAAUUUACAAUUGAUGUUACAAAGAAAAGAAGGAAAUGCAACAAAGAAAAUUGGAUCGAUACAAAAAGAAAAUUAUUACAAAAUCUUGGUAAAAAACACUUAUCACGGAAAGGUAAAGAACAAAAAGGAAAGGAUAUGAGACCGUCGUGUGACAACUGUAAAUUUAAGUGCGACACAAAAAUAAGCGAAGAAAGCCGAAAACAAGUAUUUGAUUUAUUUUGGGGAUUAGGUAAUCAUGUCAAACAAUGGGAGUUUAUUGGCAAAUAUACAAAACGUCACAUGAAAAGAAGAAUCACGACUGAUAACGAAUCAAAACGUACUCAGAGCGUUCAUUAUUUCCUACCUUUACUAUUAAGUGAAAAUGACAGCACUGUAAAAGUUUGUAAACUGAUGUUUAAAAAUACUCUUUCUGUUAGCAAUCAGUUUAUUCAAAGCGCUAUGGAUAAGUACGAUAAAACUACAGGUUUUUGUGAAGAGGACCGACGAGGUCGUCAUGGCAAGCAAACAAAACUGCUGACUGAAACUGUCAUUCAAAGCGUAUGUGAUCACGUAAAAAGCUUUCAACCAGUAGAGUCUCAUUACACCCGCAAAGAUACCAAUAAACUGUACUUAGACAGCUCUUUAAAUUUUAGUAUCAUGUUUAAAAUGUACAAAACAUGGGCUGAAGAAAACAACCUCACAGAUAUAGUUCAAACAUUGAGGCAGUACAGGGAUGUUGUUAAUUCCCACAUGAAUGUAGGCUUUUUUAUUCCAAAAAAGGAUCAGUGCGAUCAGUGCACUGCUAACAAAAAUAACCCACCAAAUGAAUCACAAGAACAAAUAACCUUUGCCAAACACAUUCAAAAUAAAAAUGUGGCUAGAUCUUUAAAAGCUGAAGACAAGCAUCAUUCUACAAACAGUCCUGCAAACAUAGGAGCUGCAACAUUUGAUUUUCAAAAAAUCCUUAACUCUCCUCAUGGUGAAGUUAAUUCGUUUUAUUAUAUGAGAAAAUUAUCAAUAUAUAACUUUACCGUCUUUGACAUGGGUCUGAAAAAAGCCAUCUGCUACAUGUGGGAUGAGACAACAGCUAGAAGGGGAUCCAAUGAAGUUGCUAGUUGCCUUUUCGACUACAUAAAGAGAAAAAGCCAAGAGGGCGUAAAAGAUAUACGUUUAUGGUCCGACAACUGUGGAGGACAGAACCGAAACCGCAUAGUUUUCGCUAUGUAUCUGUAUGUAGCGACCGUUUUUGGUGUUCGUAUUUGUCAUAGAUUUUUAGAAAAAGGCCACACGCAACAAGAAGGGGAUAGCGUACAUGCGUUAAUCGAACGAUCCUCUAAAAAUAAAGUGAUUUACUCGCCUCAAGAGUGGUAUACCUGUGUACGCUGGUGUAAAACGAGUGAUCAACCCUAUGAAGUUGUGGAAAUAAAUCAAAAUGAUAUCUUGGAUUUUAAGUCAAUUCUUAAUCAGUACAAAUGGGUAAAAAAUGAAGACGGUGAUAAAGUAAAGUGGAAUCAAGUACGCGAAAUUGUUGUAGAAAACAGUCAACCCGAUAAAAUAUUUUAUAAUAUGAUUUGA